CAAGUGUGUGUGUGUGCGCGUGCGCGUUCACGGUCACGUCUGCGUGAGUGUGAGUGUCUGGGUGCGUGCAUGUUCCAGCCCGCGUGUGUGUGUGUGGGUGCCUGCGUGAGUGUGAGUGUGGGUGUGUGGGCCUUGCCGGCGUGAGUGUGAGUGUUAGUGUGGGUGUCUGGGUGCGUGCAUGUGCCACCCCGCGUGAGUGUGUGUGUGGGUGCCUGUGUGAGUGUGGGUGUGUGGGCUUUGUCGGCGUGAGUGUGAGUGUUAGUGUGCGUGUCUGGGUGCGUGCAUGUGCCACCCCGCGUGAGUGUGUGGGUGGGUGCCUCCGUGAGUGUGAGUGUGGGUGUGUGGGCCUUGUCGCACACACGCACCCGGAGAGAGAGAGAGAGAGAGAGAGAGAGAGAGAGAGAGAGAGAGAGAGAGAGAGGGCCGGGUAAGCUUCAGCAGCGUGCUGCUCUAGAUUGAUGCUGGAAGGCACCAAGGGUGAAACCUCUUUUUUUCCGUCAAACGAGGGGUGAACAGCUCCCCGCGAAAGAGGGCAUUUUCUUUAACCGUGGUCACUCACUUCUACCGUGGUCACUCACUCCAGGCCUCAGGCUUUUCGUUCGCUGACUGCUGCUUGCCCAGGCGCAUCCUGUACCGUCAACAGCAGUCAAUUUUAUGAAAUGCUGCUGUGUGUAUUUGAAGCCAACCAAUGAGGGUGCGUGGGUGCGUGUCUUCAAACGGCCACUCGCCUUGCCACGCCCCAUUGACAACCGGAUCCGCAUCGACGACCCCCUUGUCGGGUCGAGGACACUGCUGCUAGGAAUAUCCCGUGCUUUUGAGCGGAGGUGCGUGCUUGCUCCUCGCACCAACGCCUGCUCGAGUACAUUGCUGCCAGGCAUGUGUCGUGCUUUUGAACGGAGGUGCGUGCUUGCUCCUCGCACCAUUGGUGCGGCGUCGAGGUGCGUGCUUGCUCCUCGCGUCAUUGGUGCGGCGUCGCUGUUUGUGCGUGCUGGAUUGUCUCCAUUCACUUUUUGACGCCAAACCGGAGGAGGAGGAGGAGGAGGAAAAGACGAGGAUCUGGGAAUCGCUGAGGAGUUGGACUGGGAGUGACUUGUCAACUGGGAACGACUGGGAACUGGACUGGGAAUGGCAGGGAACUAGACUGGGAAUGGCAGGGAACUAGACUGGGAAUUGGGACUGGGAAUUGCAAAGAACGGGACUGGGAAUCGCGGGGAGCGAGGAGUGGGUGGGAAUCCGCUGAGAUCUGGACUGGGAAUUGCUGGGAGCUGGGAGAUUCGCUUGCUGGGAUCUGGACAGCGGGGACGUAAACCGCGCCCGAGCCGUGCCGACAGCAACCAAAGUAGAGAGGUUUGCUCUACUCGUCGGUUGCCCUUUGUUGGAAUAGAGGGUGUUGUUUGUUGCCCUGUGGUGUAGAGAGAGAUGGAGUACGUUAGUCCGGAAGGUUUACGGCUGGACGGGCGGCGCCCACCGGAGUUGCGGCAAUUGCGAUGUGAAGUGGGGGUGCUCGAGAGUGCAGACGGCUCUGCUUGCUUUCAGAUGGGAAACACAAAGGUCAUGGCUGUCGUCUAUGGCCCCCACGAGAUUGUUGGGAGGGCGAAGCUUUUUCAUGACCGGGCACGAGUUCAGUGCAAGUACAGCAUGGCGGCGUUCAGCACCGCGGAACGGAGGAGGAGAACAAGGGGCGACCGGCGCUCCAUCGAGACCUCGCUGGCGAUCAAGCAAACUAUGGAGGCUGUCGUGCUGACGCAUCUGAUGCCCCGAUCGCAGAUCGACAUCUACGUCCAGGUCUUGGAGACGGAUGGAGGGACGCGAAGCGCCUGCAUAAAUGCGGCGACUUUGGCGCUCGCCGAUGCAGGGAUUCCGAUGAGGGACCUGGUGGCCGCGUGCGCCGCAGGCUACCUCAAUGGGACACCCCUCAUAGAUAUGAACUCCUUGGAAGAAACUGGUGGUGGUCCCGAUCUCACCGUGGGCCUGCAACCAAAGCUUGACAAGGUUAGUCUGCUCCAGAUGGACUCCAGACUGCCGAUCGAUGUUUUCGAGAAGACCUUCAACCUGGCGAUGGAUGGGUGCAAGGCAAUUGGAGCUUACAUGAGACAGCAAUUUGUCGAAAGGGCUGGACGUAGACUGUGCCCGGCUCAAAAACAGGCUUCUUUAGCCGUGAUGGCAGAUGGGAGGGACUGUGAGCUGGAACGUUGUUUGGGGCAGUCAGGUGCAGAGGAGCAUACUACCGCAUCCGUAUGUCGUGAUCAUGGAGGAGAGGAGCAGGAAAAGCCGACAACAUUUUCACGUGUCACGUUGGAGGAGCUGAGAUCGCGACUCGGAACCUUUGCGCGCGAUCGAGAUUGGGAGCAGUACCACGCGCCGCGGAACCUUUUGCUUGCGCUGGUUGGCGAGGUGGGAGAGCUGUCUGAGAUUUUUCAAUGGAGAGGGGAAGUACCUAAGGGGCUACCUGGUUGGUCGGAGAAGGAGCGGGAACAUGUAGGAGAAGAGCUUUCGGACGUGCUGCUGUACCUGGUGCGCCUUGCGGAUUCGUGCGAUAUCGACCUUGGGGCGGCAGCGCUACGGAAGUUGAGGCUGAACGAAGCGAAAUAUCCCGCCGACAAGUGCAGGGGUUCUUCCAAAAAGUACACAGCUUAUAAAGGAGAGUACGAUGGCCAAAAUGGUCAGCGGGACAACAAUUCUAACAGCGAUUCCUGCGGCGUCAGCGGCGGGUCUGAACCAGCAGGUGUCUGAUUCACUCACCGUAACGAGGCCUGACUGAUGGACCCCUCAUAAACGGGCCAAUCAACGGGUACCACAGCGGUGGAACAUAUUCAUUAAGAAACUGCGAGCAAGGUGCAGACAGGUUCUUCCUUAUUGUCCCGUGUACGCAGAGAGACUGCAAUGCCACUUACCUGGCCGCAAUUGCGACUAGGUGCAUGCAAUUGAUAAGGGUCAUGCACGUCGCUGCGCUUCAUAUAUGUCCGGACUUUAGAGGAGGGGUUCCGGGGGAGGGGGGUUGAAGAGGGGAUCUGAGACCCGAUCGAUAGAUUUAUGUGUCUGCAGCGGGGAUUUUGGGCACUAGUGUGGCUGGCCAUGAAGCUGGACAGAGAAAAGUGUCAGCUCUCUCGUUGUCUCUCUCUUUCCCUGUUGCCACUGGCAGCAUUUUCUGGAUGUAUCUGGCCGCAAUCACAGUCCAUUUUGUACGUAGCUGACUGACGAAGAACGUCCAGAAGAAGUCCUGCUGUAAGUAUGCCCUCACAGGGCAGCCUUUGCAACGAAGUUGCUUUGCGACCUUUCGUUGUUCUCCAAGCUCCUUGAUGAGAGGGGGGUGGAGGGGAAGAGUCUGCAGGGGUGUGCCCCUCUCUUCAGCAUACUAUUUUGCAUGGCAGUGCCCCAGGUUGAGGGUAGAGAAGGAGAAAGAAGUCGUUGCUGGGGUUGCUAGGCGGCAGAUGACGAACUUACUUUUACGAAGUGUGUGGAUCGCAUGUGUGAUUAUGACGCCUGCUCAAAAUGGGAGGCAGAAGGAUGACAGUAGAGAAUGGUCGAAUCGUUGGUAGAUAUUUCUCAAUCUGUCACAUAUUUGCGGAGCUGACCUGUCUGCCAGGAGUUGGGAAUCUAAGUCUUCGGGGUUGCGGCAUUCCAACGUGGACUGGCUUUUGUCCUAAAUGAUCGCAGGUUCAAAUCCGGCUGGAUGCUAUAUGACCGUUGGGUAGUGGAAUGCGGUCUCAGAGGCAAGGGACAGGAUUCUGCGGCGCUUCGAAACCUACUGGGUAGGGCUUUCCAAAGGAAAUGUAUGUGAUGUCAUCUGGGCUAUAUACUAGACUCUUGCAGGUUCCUCCCACGGGGUCAGGACACUUCGUGCGGGGCAUCAGAAGGGCAUAAGUAUCGAUGCCAAUCCCUCCUCCCUUGUAACCCCUCUUGCCCCCCUCCUUCCCCUCUUAUCGCUCUGUCAUCCGCCUGGUAAUCAGAAGGGCACAAGGAUUGACGGCAUUGGUUCCUCCCUCUUACCCCUCCCCCUCUUAUCCCCCUGUCACCCGCCUGGUAACCCCCUGUUACCCCCUUUUUCGCCCCCUUCUUACCACACUCUUAAAAGACCAUUCUUUCCUCCCUCUUACCCCUCCCCCUGCUACCCCUCUUAUCCCCCUGUCACCCGCCUUGUAACCACCUGUUACCCCCUGUUAUCCCCUUUUUAUUCCCGAGCCUUCGAUUUUUUUCAGAGAGGCUCAGUAGGGAUUCUCAAGGUGGCUGGGGCUGUGUAUUGGUCGAUGAAACCCAUCUGAACCCCCCUUUAGACCAUCUGAGGUGGCUGUGCAUAUUUAGCUGAUGUCAGCUGUUGCAAUUGUCCCAGUAUUUUUCCUGUGGAGAGGUCGAUAGUUUUUUAAGCGAGCAGUGCCAGGCAGGCUUGCUUGCACAUCGAAUGUCUUUGCGGAAGGCAGCAGAACUCACUGGAUGCCGUGUUCAGCACUGUUGGUCAAAGGGUGUAAGUGAUGUAUUGCAAAACAUCGGGGGUUCAGCCCCCUCGCCAUCCAUCCGUGCAAAGGGUGUAUUUACUAUUUAGCCUACCUUUUGGUUUGCGAGACAGGUAUAGCGCCCACCAUCUAUCUAACUUCAGAUCGGCCCUGAGGUGAGCCAGCCUAGAAAUUGAAAGUGACGUUAAGACCGUGUACAGCUCCAAAAGGGAUCUCAGCCUGCAAAGAUACCCCAACAUUGUGGGUACAGGGAAGACAGACUGACAAUUUUGCGUAAAAUGGUCACAGCCAGGUGACGGGGAGGGCCCAGGUGCAUUUUUUAUUUUUCUUUUCUUUUCUUUCCUUUCUUGGCAAUUGGUAGGCAGGGGGAACAAGCACUGCAUUGGUCUGGGGACAUUAGAGGAAGUUAGUGCCAGGGAAGAAUGUUGAUACGCAGGAGCGUGGCAUCAUGCAACCCCUCCUUCCUCGUUACCGUCUUCACCCAAAUAGCACGCCCUGUUGCUGUAGCUGUAUUCUUAGGGCAACUUUCGGUUUGGAUACAGCGAUAGUGACGGGGCACUCUGUUUGGGUGACGGCGCUAGCGCAGGUUUCAAAAAUAUCACGGCAUCCGUGCUUUCUUGCCUCGGUUAUGGAUAACGCACUGCGAUGAAGAUAUUUCUGUUCUUUGCGAGCGACUGUCAUGUUUUUUUGGGCGUGUUGGUCAUGCGUGCAAUCUCUCUCCAACCCCCUUCCUUCGGGCUUGCAUUAGUCAUAUCAGGUACUCUGCUCGAACGGACCCUCCUCUACGGGGGCUGUGCUGUCCCUCCUUGCGUGUAUGGGUUGGUGGUGCCUGCAGUUUCUUUCCCUGACCACACACAAACCUAUGAAGUUGAGGGGGAGGGCAUCCUUUCCUUGGUCUGCACAUUUUGCCCACUCACUGCAGGCACGUAUGUCUAGCAGGCCUGAACAGA